UGCAGAGCAGUGCGGUAGAGGAGGGGGUCGUGUGUGAGGAAGAACAUGGAAGUUGUGCGGAGUUAGUAGCGGUUCCGCAGCGGCUCUCUUGUUGUGUAGUUUGGUGCGGACUGUGUGAACGGAUAUCUACAACAUGGAGCAUCCGGCGCCCAAGAGCAAACUUAAAAAGCUGAGUGAAGACAGCUUGACUAAACAGCCAGAAGAGGUCUUUGAUGUUCUCGAAAAGCUUGGCGAAGGGUCCUAUGGCAGUGUAUUUAAAGCCAUUCACAAAGAGUCAGGGCAAGUUGUUGCAAUCAAACAAGUUCCUGUGGAGUCAGAUCUUCAAGAAAUCAUUAAGGAAAUCUCUAUCAUGCAGCAAUGUGACAGCCAUUAUGUUGUGAAGUAUUAUGGCAGCUACUUUAAAAACACAGACUUAUGGAUAGUAAUGGAGUACUGUGGAGCUGGCUCCGUCUCCGACAUAAUCCGAUUACGAAAUAAAACCUUAACAGAGGAUGAAAUUGCCACCAUUCUUAAAUCCACACUAAAAGGCCUCGAAUACUUACACUUCAUGAGGAAGAUCCACAGAGAUAUAAAAGCCGGCAAUAUCCUCCUCAACACGGAAGGUCACGCUAAACUGGCAGAUUUCGGAGUUGCAGGCCAGCUGACUGAUACAAUGGCGAAGCGUAACACAGUAAUUGGGACGCCGUUCUGGAUGGCUCCUGAAGUGAUACAAGAAAUUGGGUAUAACUGUGUAGCGGAUAUAUGGUCUUUGGGAAUUACUUCAAUAGAAAUGGCAGAAGGGAAGCCCCCUUAUGCAGAUAUUCAUCCUAUGAGGGCUAUCUUCAUGAUUCCCACAAAUCCUCCACCUACCUUCAGAAAACCUGAGCUGUGGUCAGAUGAAUUUACUGAUUUUGUGAAGAAAUGUCUGGUAAAAAACCCGGAGCAAAGAGCGACUGCUACACAGCUUCUGCAGCACACGUUUAUCAAGAAUGCGAAAGCAGUGUCCAUUCUCCGAGACCUCAUCACAGAAGCUAUGGACAUCAAAGCAAAAAGACACGAGGAACAGCAGAGAGAACUGGAAGAGGAGGACGAAAACUCAGAGGAAGAUGAGCUGGACUCCCACACGAUGGUCAAGACCAGCUCGGAGAGCGCCGGGACCAUGAGGGCGGCCAGCACCAUGAGCGAAGGUGCUCAGACCAUGAUCGAGCAUAGUAGUACCAUGUUGGAAUCUGAUCUGGGCACCAUGGUGAUAAACAGUGAUGAGGAAGAGGAGGAGGAAGAAGAUGGCACCAUGAAAAGAAAUGCAACAUCUCCUCAAGUGCCGCGGCCUUCCUUCAUGGAUUACUUUGAUAAGCAAGACUCUAAAAACAAACCUCACGAGAACCACAACCAGAAUGUCCAUGACCAGUACCACAUAUCCAAGAAUGUAUUCCCCGACAACUGGAAGGUUCCUCCUGAUGGCGAUUUCGACUUUCUGAAGAAUUUAAGCUUUGAGGAGCUGCAGAUGAGGCUAAAAGCUCUGGACCCCAUGAUGGAGCGCGAGAUAGAAGAAUUGCGGCAGAGGUACACGGCAAAGAGGCAGCCCAUUCUUGAUGCAAUGGACGCCAAGAAGCGGAGGCAACAGAACUUCUGAGAAGGGUUUCAUCUCUUAGUCACAUAUGGACAUAAGCAAUUUGUAGGAACUCCAGAAGUAAAACCUGUGGUCACAUCACACAAAUGCUUUCCUCAGCGAAGCAGUGGUUGAGUAAACUUGUGUGUAUAUUUCUCCAUCUUUGCAGAGAACUUUGAAUGUUUUUCCUCCUCUUUCUCGAUAACUGUGUGCGAAGGGCCUAAGAAUUAUGUCUUUAGGUCCUACAGACGACUUCUUUCCCCAUCUUCCCUUGGCUUUCGCUCCAUUGCUUUGGCCACGGACAUGUUUUUCCUGAUUCUUUUAACUAGCGUUAUACGCCCUAGGCUUUGCAUGUCGUAUUGUAGAGGAGGGGGAAGACAUUUCCAUGAACUCACCUGGAGCCAGCAUAGUCUUUUAAUAUUCCUUCAUAUCAGAGUUUUCAGGGACUUGUGUUCGCACCUUGGUAAAUAUUAAUUUGCCUUAAAGUUACAACAUAUCUAUUUAUUUCUGUGUUUUACAUUUGAGUGUGACGGACAUUAGUGACCAAAUGUGUUCUGUACUUUUUUGUUUCCGUUUUUUUUUAUCAUCGUGAUUCGAAAAUCCGGGCAUAAUGUAUGUUAGUCUGCUCACUCAGUCUUGUUGCUAAAGCUUCACAGUCUGGACACUUUGAAGGGGGUAUUGUAUUAGUGUUACCUUUCUGGAGAAAUGUAAGAAGCCUUCCACAGGCUAUAUCAUAGUAUCAAAUCAUAGUUUUUAACAGAAAAAUGAAAAUUUUCAGUGUAAUUAUUUGCUGGCGCCAUAAAUCCAUAUUGCUUUCCUCCCCCAACACAUACACACACCUUUUCUAUGUACUCAGAGGCAGCAGGGAACCUGAAUGGAGCAGGGGUUGUAACCAUGCUGAAUUACAGUUCUGCAAGAGAUCCUUGAGGUUUUUUUGGUUUUUUUUUUGUUUUUUUUUAUACUUUUCUUUGUUUUCAAACAAGUCUAUACCUGAUCUUUUUUUGUCUCUAAAUCGGAAUAGACAGCAUUUUCUUUGUAAGGUUUCGGCUUAAUUUUCAAAACUUAAAGGAACAAUAAGCAUAGACAAUUUGCAAAAUUGCCAGCAGUUCGCGGCCGCUCCUUUAGGCUCUAUGGUACUACUGGAAAGAAGCCAAGUACAGCACUCUAUCUGUGGCAGUGCCAUAGAGUUGAAUGGAGUCGCAGUGUGCAUGCAUGACCGUUGGUCCAUUCCCUCCAACACCUAAUUGCUUUGAUGGUUCGGCGGUCUGACCUCCACUAAUAACAUAUUUAUCCCUAUCCUUUGGUUAUGGUGUCACUGUUGUGUCUACAGUGGGAGACAAUAAAUGUUAAGCUCCUCACUUUUCCAUAUCCCUGCUGCUUCAUAUAAAAAUGGAAGAUUAUAAAAGCCCCUUUACAUAGGCCAACCUGAACAGGCAUUCCCGAUAGUUGCCUGCUCGUCAGCAGUCAUCUCCACUGUAUGAGGAUGAGCAGUCUCUACUACUGAUCGCUCGUCCUCAUACAGACACAUUGGGCGUCCCCUUCUCGCCCGCACUAUGGCCACUUUUCUAGACCUGGUGUGAGCGGGGAAAAGUCGCAGAUUGCGCCGCAAAUGACCUCUACGCUGCAAUCUGCGCCAGAAAUACGCCUAAUAUAGGUAUAUUUCUGGAUAGGAAAUGGCACCCAUUCUUUCUGGACAGCAGAUCCCCGUUUGCACCGUAGGAUCUGCUGCCCAGAAACCAUGAUUUUGGCGUUCACAUCAAUGAUGUUUUCAUCGAUGAACGAUGUAUGGUCUGUCCGCCGACAUGAUGUAUUUGGGAAGCGAGCGAAUGUUUUAGCUUUUUUUUUUUUUUUUUUUUUUUAAACUUGUCCAAGAUGAGACCAUUUCUACGUCUUUAUAAUCAGCGUUUCUCCCCAUUGCUUUGAUGUGACUUUUCCGGAUCAGAUUACUUGUCAGGGCGAUUCUCGCCUCUUCCACUGUCACAGAAUAAAGCAUUAAAUACGAUAGAUGCAGCCAGAUUCUUGUAAUUGCUACAGUCCGUGACAUCGGUGCUGUAAAGCAGGUAAUGAUUUCCCAAGACCUUUGAUAUUAUUAAAUGUUAGCUUCGUGAGCUGCAGUUCUAAGCAGCGCACAUUCAUAUACUGCAGAGCGUAACAUGGAUGUUAGAUGUCCACCGCACCGGUCUGCACUGACAUUUCAUGCCGGGCUUGCAGCUUGGAGGGAUGUCAUCUACAACUCAGCGUGUGGAUUUACCAGUGUAAAAUAUCGGCUAUAUUAGCAUUUUAUAGCAUGUUUGAUGGAUGGACCCCCUCCUCUUACAUGUAGCAAAUGCUGUGUGUUUCUUUCCUCUUCCUACAUCUGCUGCUUCUUAUUUAUUCUCACUCUGUACAUGUGCCCACCUACGACUGUCUGGGAUUAGGGAAAAAAAAUAAGUGUUCUGUUAUUUUGUCCAAAAACAGCACCACUUUUGUCCAUAGGAUGUGUCCGGCUUAGGCGACUUUCACACCUGCAUUAGGUGCGGAUCCGUCUGGUAUCUGCACAGACGGAUCCGCACCUAUAAUGCAAACGCUUGUAUCCGUUCAGAACGGAUCCGUUUGCA